AUGGCUACCGUAAUCCGCAGGUGGCCUCGUUGCCCGGGCUCUCGGCCCUGUCCAGGCGCUCGGUUGGCUGGAAACCGAAGUUUUUCAAGUUCUGCGUCGUCCAGACGGUCGAGCUCAUCAGACGCACAAUAUGUAGCGGAGGCGUUUCUCAACAAGUUUUCCAAGGGACAGACGUUUGUGCGCAAACAAUUACUCGAUGCCAACCAGCUGCGAUUGUUUUCCCUUACUUUAAACCGGCCACAUCUAUGGCCCAGUUCAGCUUUACUGUCCAAAACGCUGGAGGAGACGGAGCCACUGGCCGGAACACCUGUGCCGGCGGGCUACCAUUUAAUCUACUUCACACCGGCUCAGCUUGAAGGUAUCCUCGGACAAGAUGGGACCGAUGCAUCAUUCAACCCAGAACCUCCAUUUACACGCCGCAUGUGGGCUGGAGGAUCGUGUCAUUGGCCUGGCGCAGACCCCGGUAACGGUGAACAGGCGCUGCUAAGGGUAGGCGACAUCACGACAGAGGUGACGAGAGUGUUGAGUUGUGAGCCAAAGGUGAUCAAGAAGACGGGCGAGAGUAUGCUCCUGGUGGGCGUUGAAAAGGAGUUCCGCAACAGUAAGGACGAGCUCUGCGUGCUGGACCGACGCAACUGGGUGUUCAGGACGGCCCUGGAUCCCUCCACGCCGGCACCCGUGGUGCCUAAGCCUCCCGAAUUGUCUCCAGCCGAGCUCGAGGAAGCAGCGAAAGGCAAGAUCGUCAAAGAGUACAAUCGCUCCGAAGUCACUCUUUUCCGGUUCUCAGCCUUGACGUUCAACGCUCAUCGGAUCCAUUACGAUAAGCCUUGGGCUACCGAGGUGGAAGGUCAUCGGGGCGUCGUCGUCCACGGACCCAUGAAUUUGAUUGCCAUGUUGGAUUUGUGGCGCGACGAGACCGUCGACCAGGGUGUAGGCACCGCCCGUAACGACAUUGUGUACCCUCAAAAGAUCAACUAUCGCGCAACCAGUCCCGUGUACGCAGGGGAGCCGUAUCGUGUCAUGAUGAAUGCGGAUGCGGUCGAUGCGAAGGAGGCAGAUAUCGUAGUGGUCAGCAACGACGGCACAACUUGCAUGAAGGGGACAGUGACUGAUUGGUAG